CAGUUCUCAUUUGACUAUUCAUACUGGUGAGUAAAACCAUUUUUAUUUGAUGCUUUUUAAUUUAUAUCAAUGAUUACCAACCCAACAUUUACAGCUUUGUAGCCUAGAUACAAGCUUUUAAUACCUUUAUUACCAGGUAUUUAAAAAAAAAACUGGAAAAACUGUUAAAUUUUAGCAAAAAUAUAAUUGUUCUACCUUAAACGUUCUAAUUAUUCAUUUUUUUUUUAAAUACAUUUUCCAAGGUCUCAUGAUGGCUUCAUUGUACGGGACGAUGGAAUUAUGGAAGCUGUUCCUGGAUCAAAAUACUCAAGUCAAAGAAAGGUGUUUCAAGACCUUGGACAGGGGGUUUUGGACAAUGCUUUUGAAGGUGAAUUUGCUUUCCCUGUUUAAUAAGUUUACUGCUUUCUUUGUCAUCAAUUUAUAAUCUUUGAAAUGGGCAUAAAUAUUACUUCAUCAAUUCCAAAUAAUCUGGUUGUGUUCUUUCCUUCUUGCUAAUAUAUAUUUGGAAAAAUAAAUUCUUAAUUAAAAAUAUCAUUGAGAAAUCAUAAUAAAUUCUUCAAAUAUCAAGAAAUUAAAGCAAUAGGAUCAUUUGCGUAAUUUGAUCAUUAUCUGACUUACUAAAUAAGAUUUCUUUAAGUUUUGUACAAAAAUAAUUAAAAAGCAAUUAUUGAGCAUUUAAGAAAAAUAGCUUUCACUGUAUAUCAAGCUGAUCUGAAGCAGCCAAAUGCAUUUCUUGUCAGCCUCAUUUGUAUCCUUAUAUUAAAGCUAUCUUAGUUUAAAUGUGCUCAUGUUCAUGUUUAUCUUCACAGGCUACAAUUGUUCCUUGUUUGCUUAUGGGCAAACGGGAUCAGGAAAGUCCUAUUCAAUGGUUGGUUAUGGUCCCAACAAGUAAGUCAACAUUAGUCAUCAACAUAAUUCAAGUGGCAGGAUUGUUGAACAAAAUUAGAAUAAUAAGAUCAAAGGUUUGAACUUUAUUCCUCAUUACUUUUGUUCCUGUUAAUUAUUUAACACUUUGUUUACAGAGGCAUUGUCCCAAUCACUUGUGAUGAAUUAUUCAAGACUAUGGCCAGUAACAAAGACAAAAACAAGGUGAUGAGCUUACAAUUCAAAACUAUUUUAGCAAAAGUAGCCAUUUUCAAUCUGAAAACAUGUGCCCACAUAUUUACAUAGAUGUACUUUGUACAAUUUUGUUUGAAAAUGUAGGGCAGUCUUUUAAACUAUUCUCUUUUUUUUUGUCAUUUUGUUUGAGUUCUUUCAGGGAUUCUGAACAUAUUUUAUGCACAAAUUUUAUAUUUAUUAAACCUCUAUGUUACAAACAUUAAAUUUAUAACUCUAUAAACAACAAUGGUAAGGGUUGGCAUUUCACAUUUACUGAAGAUAAAAUAAUUGACCUAAGAUAACAUAUUUCAAGAAAAAGAUGAAAUUAAUUAAAAUAAUUUAGAGCUAAUUUAUCCUGCUGUAAAGUUUCAGUUAACACUCAUUAUGUUAAAACAUUUUAACAUUCUAUCAGAGGUUUGAGGUGACUUUUUCCAUGUUGGAAAUCUAUAAUGAACAAGUUCGUGACCUGCUUUCCAAAGACAACCCUAAAGGGGGUCUUCAAGUUCGACAGAACCCAAAGCUAGGAAUGUUCUAUGUUCAAGAUCUGAAAAAGGUUCCUGUUGGCAGUUACUCGGAGAUUGAAAUGAGGAUGGAGCAAGGUAAAUUCACAUGAAGAAAAAUAUUUUGUCUGAAAGUAUUUUUUUUCCCUUCCAUAAUGCACAAAGAUACAUCUCAUAUAGGUCUAAUAAACAAAUCAAAGAAUGUUUAUUGACUUUAAAAAUAGAAUUGCAGUUUUACAUUACCUUUUCAAUAUACUAGACCUGCUUUUAAACUAAAUGUUUAUGACAAACAGCAUGAAGCUGCUGUUUGACAUAAGUUGUCGUUAGACUGACAGUUCAUUGCUUUUCUGUUAAUGCCACUAUCUUUCCCCCCAAAAUUUAUAUUUUCAGAUUCUAAUUAAAUGUUUGAAAUUUAUAUGUUAAGAUUAAAAUUAAAUAUUUGAAAUUUAUAUCUAACUGCAAGUUCUUAAGUUUGUCUUAAAUUGUUAGGGCCAGUCAUGCAUCAAUUGCUACGAUUAAUAAGAAAUGAAACAAAUAUUCAUUUUCAUACCAAUUGUAACAUUUAACCAUUGUUCUUAAUUUGUGUUUUAAAUCUAGGAACCUCUAACAGAACAGUGGCCUCUACUAACAUGAAUGCAACCAGCAGUCGUGCUCACACGGUAGUCACCAUAGUAUUUGAUCAAAUCCUGACCAAAGAAGAUGGAGAAGAAACCAAAAAGAGCAGCACCAUGAACCUGGUAGAUCUAGCUGGGUCUGAGAGGGCAGACUCUACGGGUGCAACAGGUGAUAGGCUCAAGGAAGGGGCCAACAUCAAUAGAUCAUUGUCAGCCCUUGGCAAUGUGAUUUCAGUAAGUUUUGACAAGUCUGAUGUCCUUAUUAUAGAAAAAGUGCAAAAUCAGAAGUCAUGUAACAAAGUAGCAGAUGUGGUCAUUGGAAAAUAAGGUACAGAAAAACAUGUUUGGACAUUUGGUUGGGGGUGGGGGAAUACACACACAAUGACAGGUUACUUAUAGUGUCUAAUUUCAAUGAAAGUCUCGAUGAAAAAGAGGAACCAAAAGUUAAAAAAUUGUGUUGGUUGUUUGUUUUUUUUUUAAAUGUUACCCUCAAAUACUUAUUCCAUAGCAUCUGGUUAAUCUAAAUAAAUGGGAUAACACAGACAACAUACUUAAGAAGUUAAACUAAACAUAUGACAAAAAAUUGCCACUUAAAUUAAUAAUGAAAUUCACCAUUUCAUUUAACUAUAAUUUCUCGCAUUUUUAGUAAUAAUUAAUUGAAGCUGAAUUACAGGUAGUAAAAAAAUUUGCAAAGUUUGUUAUGUGUAAAAGUUAGCCCUUGUGAACUGGACUGUAAACAAAUAUUCUUCUCUUUUUAUAUAUCUCUUUAGGCAUUGGCUGAAGCUUCAGAAAAAAAGAAAGUUGUUGUCCCAUACAGAGAUUCUGUUCUGACUAAACUGCUGCAAAAUGCUCUCGGUGGCAACAGGUAAACUAUCCCAAAAGUUAGCAUGUUUCUUUAGAAAAAAAUAUAUUAAUUUUAAUUUAAUAGAAAAAAAUUUAGGUUUUCGGAAAAUUAACAUGAUUUGUCUACAUAUUGGGGAAAGUUUAACUAUGAGUAGGUUAAAAUGAACUCUUCAAACUGGCAAGGAAACUAUUCUUGGAGAGGAUAAAAAUGCUGACCGAAAUUCCCCAGCUAAUGAAGACAAAAAUAAAUUGCUGAAAACUUGGCCUAUGCCUAUGUUAAAAUUCAGAUGUCUAAACUUCCUCAGCACAGUGUAGUGAAACACACACACCAGUUUUAAAGUCUAUUUAUUUAACUCACUUAGAAAUUCUGGUCCUUUUUUAUAAUAUCUGCAAAAAAAAACCUGAACUUUUUCAUUUUAUAAUAACAAAGAGUCAGUGGUGACAUCCUACUAAGUUCCCAUUAAAAAGUUCUUAAAAUUAUAAAAGCUUAGCUAACCGGUUAUUGAAUUAUCACAAAAUAAUUCAAUUCAAAGUUAAAACCCAUUUUUCCAGAUGAUCUGCCUUUAUAGAACCAGUUCCUGGAUUUUUGGGAUGCUACCAUUGCCCAUAGUGGAGUGGAAAAUUAAUGUAUGGAUAGUGCAUUUUGUAUAAAGUAUUGUAGUUAAUGUUCAUUGGUUUUAUUUCUAGCAAAACUGUGAUGAUUGCAGCCUUGUCUCCAGCAGAUAUAAACUAUGAUGAAACACUCUCUACCCUGCGGUAUGCAGAUCGUGCAAAGAAAAUAAAAAAUCAGGCUGUUAUCAAUGAAAAUCCCUUAGAUAAGAUGAUUAGGGAGCUGAAGGUAAUUUACAGAAAAUAUUGUUUUUUUUUGUUUAUUCCAUAAAUUAUGUUUGCCCAAAAAUAUAACAAAUUGACUGUCCUUUAAUAUAUUAACUCUCAAUUUAGGAAGAAAAUGAAAAAUUAAAGAAAGCUCUGGAAGCCGGAGGA